CUUGAUCAUGAUUGCUCCUCUUUGGUUUAUCCCCCAAAUCGCUGACUGAAUUCCCAUCUCACGCCGCCCGCUCUUUUUCUGACGCUAGAGAGCCGAUGUCUACUCUUACUCCCAAAUAACCGGGUAUAUAUCUUGGACUUUUCUCUAGCUUCUCGGGCAAACCCAAAUCCUAUGGAACGCGCGACGCUCCACACCCAACGUCAGGACAAGUUUCUCAAUCUUUACCACCAUGGACGAGAACGUCAGAAACAACAAACUUCCUGCCCGAGCCAUUCAGGCUACAAAACAAGGCAACAAAUGUCCUUCAAAUUUGCGGUCCCCCAUCUCCGACCUCGCCGGUCCCUCGGCCGGUCUAGUCCUCGUCCGCCAGACACAGCAGAGGCAGCCUUUUCGUCGAUUUCUGAAUUAGAUCGCGUCUCCUCCACUUUCGACUGCGCGCUGCAUAUUUUGUGCCGAUUUGGAGCUUGGAGAGCGACGGCGAGGGAGACGCGUAGACAAAACAGCCUGAAGGAAGGAAACGUCUGGGCGUCCUUUGUUCCUGAGGCAGGAGGAGAUGAGGAGAGACCAUACCGAGAGCGCAAGGGAUAAUAUGAGGGGAAUUCGAGGACGUGGAGACUGUGGAGGAGGAGAAACAUGCGUUUGAGUCACCGAGCUGAGCUCCUAUCUCGUUAAAGGGGUUCGACUUCGACGUACGACCGAAGGACUGCAUUCUCGAGAAUGAAGAAUAUCAAUCACUCUGGCAACAUCGAC